GCGCGGGGGCCGACGGGGGCGCGGGGCCGCCGCGCCGGAAGUGCCCGCGCCGCGGGAGGAAGCGCAGCUGGCGCCGAGCGGCAGAGCCGGCAGGAAGGCCCCCUCGCUCCUACGCCGGGCGGGAGCGGGUGGCCGCGGCGCCGCGGCCCCAGGCCUGCCCGGAGUCGCGGCGCGGCCGGUUCCUGGGACGCGACCCCUGCGGGAAGGAGGACGGGGAGGAGGCCCCGCGGCGAGCUCGGAGGCCCAGCGGCCUGGUCCGCGUCACCGCAGCCACAUGGCCUCCGGAGUGGGCGCGGCCUUCGAGGAGCUGCCGCACGACGGCACGUGUGACGAGUGCGAGCCGGACGAGGCUCCCGGUGCCGAGGAAGUGUGCCGGGAGUGCGCCUUCUGCUACUGCCACCGCCACGCCGAGGCGCACAGGCAGAAGUUCCCCAGCCACCGCCUGGCCCAGUACGUCCACGGCGCCGCCCCGGCCUGGACCGCGGACGCCCCGGCGCAGGGCGACGCGACGGAAGACGCGCAGGCCAAGGUGGAGAAUGAGAGGGAUGUAGAGAGCGAGGUGGGGGAGGAGAGCGAGUCCGAGGAAGACAGUGAAUCCGAAGAAGAGAGUGAGACGGAGGAAGAGAGUGAGGACGAGAGCGAUGAAGACAGUGAAGACGACAGCGAGGAAGAGAUGGAGGAUGAGCAAGAGAGCGAAGCAGAGGAAGACAACCAAGAAGGAGAAUCUGAGGCCGAGGGCGAAACGGAAGCAGAAAGCGAAUUUGACCCAGAAAUAGAAAUGGAAGCGGAGAGAGUGGCCAAGAGGAAGUGUCCGGACCACGGGCUCGAUUUGAGCACCUAUUGCCAGGAAGAUAAGCAGCUCAUCUGUGUCCUGUGCCCGGUCAUUGGGACUCACCAGGGCCACCAGCUCUCCACCCUAGACGAAGCCUUCGAGGAACUAAGAAGCAAAGACUCCGGCGGACUGAAGGCAGCUAUGAUAGAGUUGGUGGAAAGGUUAAAGUUCAAGAGCUCAGAUCCUAAAGUAACCCGGGACCAGAUGAAGGUGUUUAUACAGCAGGAAUUUAAGAAAGUUCAGAAAGUGAUUGCUGAUGAGGAACAGAAGGCCCUUCAUCUAGUGGACAUCCAGGAAGCAAUGGCUACCGCUCAUGUGACUGAGAUACUGGCAGACAUCCAGUCCCACAUGGAUAGGUUGAUGACUCAGAUGGCCCAAGCGAAGGAACAACAUGAUACCUCUAAUGAAUCAGCUGAGCCAAAGGCAGAGGGUGACGAGGAAGGACCCAGCGGUGCCAGUGAAGACGAGGACACAUGAAGGCUGCCAUCCCCCGUGGAAACUCCUCACCCCCUCCCCCGUGUGUAUGUGACGGCGUGUGUGUAACGGCUUCUGAUUUCUGUGAAAGCUGCCCAGCAACAAAUGUACUUCCACCAGAUACAUCCCCAGGUCCACGGCAGGCACACAUCUGUCAAAGGGAUGACCGAUUUUAUUGUCACUGUGCUUGUCAUUCUCUCGUCAUGGUAGGUCAACAAAAAGUGCCCCUGUGAUCAGCCAGGAGCAGUUCAUUAAGAAGCGCCCUUCAGGUAGCCCCUCGAUGGCUGCUUUGAACUUACUCAGGAAAGCCAGCCCCUGGAAUAUUGUAUACCCAGAUGGCAUUGCUUCAUCUGGGAGGAUCUGUAAUAAUCUUGAAGGGCAGUCAGAAUUUGUUCCCUACCUGCUAAUAAAACCCCACUUUGUUUAUACAGAAGCAUGAAAUAAUGGGAGAGGGGCAAAGUAGGGCUCUGUAGAUAGUCUCUGAAAGUCCAGUCAUACAGUUGUGAAAAUGUGGUUCCAUGAGGUAAGAUGGUGGCGUGAAGAUGGGGUUAGAGAAAGAGUUAAAAGUCCGAAAUACAGAGAUAUUUUUAGUAUAUAAGGUUAUCCAGCACUUCAGAUCCAUAAUUCAGUGCUGUGGAAAUGAAAAAAAUGAUUGAAGAGGUGGAAAGGAAAUGACUUUAAAAAAAAAAAAAAAAGACCAAGGAGAUCUGAUUAAAAGUUGAAAUCAGUAUUUCUGAACUCAAAUUGCCUGAGUUUCCAAAAUAGUCACUAAGGGACCUGAUGGAGCCUGAAUUAUUUGCGUGAAUUCUGCCGGUUUUCUGGGUCUUGUCACAACACGAAGUCUGGAGUGUAUAUUGCGAAGUGGGAGUUUUUCAGUGUGGGCUUUGGGCGCCCUCGCCCCAACCCCCUUGGCCUCAUGUGGCUUCAGUGCAGGGUAGGGAGAGAUCUCAUCGCCCUGGUGUGCUGAGUCAAGCCCCGUCUCCCAGCAGGUGCCCCCACCUUUCACUGCAGCUGGAGCCCCUCUUCCUGGCACCCGCCCUCUGGCCUCCGGCCCCUCUCCUGCAGCCAGGCUCUCCCCUCUCGAGUACUGCGAGCAGAGACGCACCGUGGUGCACUUCCCCACCCCUUCCCCACAUUUCCUCACCCCCAGGUAUUCUACCCCCAAGGAAGCCGUGAUUUCUAGGGAGUGCAAAUCCACAAGCUUAAAAACUUGCAUUUCCUCAGACACCAGUUUCACUUAAAUGGUUUGGAGUCAGGGGAUGACCUUAUUUUUAGAUAGAACGGUUACAUUAUGAAAUAGAAUGUUCAUACACACAGUAAAGAUACAAUGGGACACUUCACAGGGAAUUCUUAUUUGCACAUGGGGUGUGUGUUCCCUGUCCUAUGCCUUUGGCGGUGUUUUGGCAUCCACUCCUGGGAAGUACAAUCAGAACUGUAUCCAUACAGCUGACUCAGGGCCUGGACUUCUAGUUGCUUCUGAAGCAGAGCUGAGACACCUGCUCUGGGGAAAUCCCUCUCCUCCGACCUGCUCGUGACCUGUGUACGUGUCACAGAGCUUUGGGGCCAGCUGGUGUGUGUGUGCGGGAUGGUUUUGGGGCCGAAGCAGCGUGGUCCUGUAGGAAUCUUAUUUAUAUCAUUGUUCAAUCCUGUGUUUGCUGUGAAACUAUUUCUUUGAGGCCAGGAAGCUACCGGGCAUGUUUGCUUUUGGCUUAGGCUUUCCCUGGCUCACUACAUAUGUUAGGAUGUUGGGACCGAGAGUCCUUUGGGCAGUUAAAAAAAAAAAAAAGUAUUUUUCUCCCAAACUGGUGGUCAGCAAAUGACUAAGACAGUUUUGGUGCUUUCCCUAUCUGCCUGCAGAGACUGGAGAAUUUGGCAUACCACUAAUUACAACCCCCAACCUCACCCAACAGAGCUCCCCGAAAAGAAGGACCAGUGGCUACUCUUAUAAGAGUUUAAAAACCAAGAGAUUAAGAACACUUGAGGAUUUGGAUGUUUGUGUUUGUCUUUUGCCAAUAAUUAUUGUUGAAUCUCCAAAUAGUAGCCUUAUCUCAGCAAUGGACAGACCAUCGGCUCCUCCAUACCUAUCUGCUGUUACCAGUAUCUGGGAGACCCGAGCAUAUAUGCGGUGGAUAUGAACAGAACUAUAAAAACACAUGCCAGCCUAUCUCUGUCUGUUAUCAUAUCUCUGUAAUCCUCAAGGAAAGCACUUUUGCUUUUACUUAGGAUUUCAGAUUUGCUCAAUGGGCUCCUGCUGUCUUCAGCACCUGAUAAAACUUUAACCAGGGAAGCAUUAAACACGGCGCAACGGCUUCUGCCCAGGCUCCCGAGUUCCUGCCAGGAGCAUUUAUCAAUGUAAGAACGAGGCUGCUUCCUGCAGCAGCACCAGCCCCCCGGAGCUGGAGCCCGCUGCUCAGCCUCAAGCCCCAGCAGGAUGCGGCCGCGCUCCUGCCAGCUCAGUAAAAGUUAGAGUGCCCCAAAGUGUGUGCUGACCAACUGCAGGCUGUAGCAGGGUUGCAGAAUCCCCAGGGAGAAGUCACUGAGGGAGGCAGGUCAUGAGUGUCGUCAGAAUGAAUUGGGUCCCCAUCGCAAUCCCUGGCUGCUUUCCAAGUUUUGGUUAUCUGGAGGCUGAGAGUGGGUGUGUCCUUUGAUUUGAUGUCAUUCACUCCAGGGCAAUUCCAAGAAGUCCUAAGAGUCUUAGCUGCAACAGCCCAGUAGGGAAAAUGACCUAUAUUGAGGACCGGCUGUGAGCCAGGCCUGGCACUAGGCCCCAGUUUCUCAGCUGAUGAAAUGGAUGUGGGGUGGAAGAGCCCCUUGCCUUGAGUUCCACAGCUAGGAGGUACUGGAGCCAGACUUUGAGCCCGGCUCUCCCCAGCUCUUUGGUGGUCGGUGGCACAUCUAUAAUACAGAGGCAGGCAGAGGCCUCAGGCCCCACCACUGCAGUCCGACCAUCCCACUUCAUAGCUUCUUUUUCAAAAUUCCAUUUCGUGGCUAUUGUUUGGGCUCCGAAAUGGCAUCCAGGUAGCCUCGCCGUGCCACGUUAGCAGAUACGUGAAGUCCACAUUGCUAACUUGAGCCUGCCUCCAGGAGUUGGGGCAGCCUUUCCUUUCUGGUGCCAUCUCCCAUAAAUAGAGUGUUUCUAGGCCUUCAAGAGUAUAGAAGUUCUUAGAAAUAGAGUGAAGGGUGUUCUGCUAAGUUUGCUUGGAAAUGUCUGCUGCUGCACUGCCACAGGGAAGGCCGUCCUCAUGUGUUAGCCCAGCCCGUCCUGUGCUCUUUGAGGAUGUGUUAACUCAAAGUCCAGUGAAUCUGGACUUUCCUGCUGAUACAUGAUACGGACAUGUGUGCACACAUGCACACACACACGCACGCAUUGUGAGUGCGUAUGUACACAUCAAGGACAAGGGUACGUGCAUAGACACACACACACAUUCAGUAUAAGAACUAAGGGGAGUUCAGGGCAGCCCCCUCCUGAUCUUAGUACCACUGUACCAGCCCCGAUCACAAGUGUCACCAGAUAGUGGGAGCUCAGGUGCUUGCUUACAAGGUGCUUACGAGAAGAACAGCUCCUUGGCAGAAGUGGUCAGCUCCUAAAGCACGGGCCAAGGUGGGCGCCAACCCUGCUCCAAGAUGUCUAACAGUAUCGGAAACGAUGGCCCAGGCAUUUUGAGGACCCAGGAGUCUGCCCACUCCAGUCAGGACUGAGGACCCUGGUGAGACCUCCCCCAGGAAGGAGGAUCCUAGGAAGUCCUCUCCCGCCCCCCACAUACACCUAGAAAAUAUUCUCUUGCCAACACCUGAAAUUUCAUACUCACAUAAUAGCUGUUUAGUACAUGCUUUGUAAUAAGGAAAUUGAUUGCAUGUUUACUGUGUGCCUAGCCCAUCUGGAAUGUUGUUUAAAACACAAAUCUCAUUAGGGAUGAACUCAGCCCAGCCAUAAGAGGGAAAGAAGAGACUCGAGAUCUCAUUAACAUGGCCUGCACCCAGCAGUGCUCUGAAGCCCCCACGGCAGCCCAUCCCCAGACUCAGGCCCAGGGGGCCUGCCUGACGGAACAGUAGCAUCUGGAACUGAGAACACACCGGAAGCAGCAGAACAAGCAGCAGAAUAAGCCGGGGCAGGAAAAUGAAAACAAGUUGAGAUACUUGUGGGUGUAAAGGUGCAAAACAUGCCACAGAGCCCAUGCUGGGACUGAUAUGACCUUGAGGGGACAGAUUUAUAUAAAUGGGGAUCAAACCUGACCAGUCUUUGUAUAGUGACAGUCCACACUGCAUGGGUGGGGACAAGCAACGAACCCAUUGUCCUCUGCCUGUUUUCCUGUGCAGUCACAUUCUCUCCUUACCUUCCCCUUCCACCCUUCACAUUAAACAAGGGAACACUCGCUCUUUCAAGGGAAUUACACAUUUGAGUUAAUGUUUCAGUAUAUCAUUUUCAUACUGUAAAUUAUUUUGUAAGAGAGAUUUACCGCUAUCCCAGGAUGUUUGGACUCAGCGCCCCUGUGCAUUUGGAAAUCAAUAAACUAUUACUGGAAAUAC